AUGAACUCAGAGGCCUCAUUAGGAGCUUUUUUUUCGGCAGUACGAAAAGGUCGCGCCGUCAUUGUCGAAGGACUACUUGAGAAAGGCAUUGAACCCAACUCGAGGGACAUGUAUAAUCAGACAGCAUUAUCUCUGGCCGCCGCGAAUGGGAAUGAGAGCGUAGCCAAGCUUCUGGUCAAGCAUGGUGCCACCAUUGAUUCCGAGGAUGACUACAGUCGGUCGCCGUUGUGGCUGGCUGCCGAGAAGGGGCACCUAGAGAUCGUUGAGCUGCUUUUGGAGAAUGGCGCCGAUGCUAAUUCGAAGAGCAACUCCGGCCAAACACUUCUGCAACGGGCUGUCCAAAGAUCGAACAAAGAGCUCGUUGAGCUACUACUAGACAAUGGCGCUGAUAUCGAGGCGAAUAGUUCCUCUGGCCAGACGCUUCUGUCAUUAGCUGUUAAGAAAGGGCGUGCCGGAAUCGUUGAGCUGCUGCUUCAAAAUGGCGCCGGCGUCGAGUUAAAGAGCCAGUCUGGACAAGACCUCCUUUGGUGGGCUGCGAAGAGAGGCAACGGGGAGAUUGUUAAGCUUCUGCUUGAGAAUGGUGCUCCUACCGAGUGCGAAGGGGAGAAACAUACGCUGCUGCAGUGGGCUGCCAAGAGAGGCAAUGAGGUCAUUACCAAGCUGCUGCUAGACAACGGCGCCGACAUCGAGGCCACACGUUACAUGGUUCCGACACCGCUAUUAUUAGCCGCUUGCCAUGGGCACGAGCAGGUUGUUUAUCUGCUUCUAGAGAAUGGCGCUAAUACUGAGGUGACGAAUAAAUUUCGACUAACACCACUCUUAUUAGCUACUGUCAGAAAUCACGAGGCCGUCGUUAGGCUGCUGCUAGAGAAUGGAGCCGAAAUUCCUCCAUUUGUCGAAUCUAAAGAACAACCAGCAGCACUAUUAUUAGCCAUUGAAAGAGGUAACGAGGCUAUUGUUAAGCUACUGCUUGAGAACGGCGCUGAUCUUGAUGAUCCGGGUUACGGUAGUCAUAUUGAGGCGACAGGAAGGAUUUCUUAUACACCACUAUCAUUAGCUGCUAAGAUUGGCCAUAAGGAAAUUGUUAAGCUGCUGCUACGUAAUGGCGCUGAUAUUGAGGCGAAAGGUGUGUAUAACGAUACACCGCUCAGAUUAGCUGCCAGGUAUAACCAUGAGGAAAUUUUCAAUCUGCUAUUAGAGAAGGGCGCUCUGCCACUAGAGAAGGAGUCUGAUGUUCGGUGGAUAGCUGAGAAACAUUGGUAA